UCUAGCUACACUCGCGUUUUCACAUUUCUUAGUUGUGCUCUAAAAUACAUAGCUAGGCGAAGUCUCGUAGCUCUCAACCUCAUCGAGACGCAUCGUGAUACACUAGCAAUAGCUUAAAAAUAUAAAUCUGAAAAUACAACAUGGAGUCUCCUCCAGAUCCAGCAAGCGACCCGGGCAACAGCGCCUCAGAGCCGGCUACCCCGGUCAGGGAAACCCCGGUAAACCUGGAGACUCUCCGGAAAGCUGACCACCAAGCCCCCGUUCGAAGGCAGAGCUGUUCUAGCACCAACAGAGGUAUUUCAGUAACAAAGAAGACACACACUUCUCAAAUUGAAAUUAUUCCCUGCAAGAUCUGUGGAGACAAAUCGUCUGGCAUCCAUUACGGAGUGAUAACAUGUGAAGGCUGCAAGGGUUUCUUCAGGCGGAGUCAGCAGAGUAAUGCAGCGUACUCAUGCCCACGUCAGAAGAACUGUCUGAUCGACCGUACCAGCCGUAACCGCUGUCAGCACUGUAGGCUGCAGAAGUGUCUGGCUGUGGGCAUGUCACGGGACGCGGUGAAAUUUGGCCGUAUGUCCAAGAAACAGAGGGACAGUCUUUACGCGGAGGUGCAGAAACAUCGGCUCCAGCAGCAGCAGCGAGACCACCAGCAGCAGCCGGGGGAGGCUGAGCCCCUCACACCCACCUAUGGCCUGUCGGCCAAUGGCCUGACCGAGCUCCAUGACGACCUCAGUGGCUACAUGGACGGACACACUCCGGACGGCAGCAAGCCCGACUCGGCCGUCAGCAGCUUCUACCUGGACAUCCAACCUUCACCCGACCAGUCCGGACUGGACAUCAACGGCAUCAAACCGGAACCUAUCUGCGAUUUCACUCCUGGUUCCGGUUUCUUUCCCUAUUGCUCCUUUACCAACGGGGAGACGUCCCCGACCGUUUCCAUGGCGGAGCUAGAGCAUCUGGCUCAGAACAUCUCAAAGUCCCACAUGGAGACGUGUCAGUAUCUGCGAGAGGAACUCCAGCAGAUGACCUGGCAGGCAUUUCUCCAGGAGGAGGUGGAGAAUUAUCAGAAUAAGCCCAGAGAGGUCAUGUGGCAGCUGUGUGCCAUUAAGAUAACUGAGGCCAUCCAGUACGUGGUGGAAUUCGCCAAACGCAUCGAUGGCUUCAUGGAGCUCUGUCAGAACGACCAGAUUGUGCUGCUGAAAGCAGGCUCGUUGGAGGUGGUGUUUGUCCGAAUGUGCCGUGCCUUUGACCCACAGAACAACGCUGUCUAUUUUGAUGGAAAAUAUGCUGGGCCUGACGUGUUUAAGUCAUUAGGCUGCGAUGACUUGAUCAGCUCCGUUUUCGAGUUUGGGAAAAACUUGUGUUCUAUGCACCUGUCUGAGGAUGAGAUUGCCCUGUUCUCAGCGUUCGUCUUGAUGUCUGCAGACCGGUCUUGGCUUCAGGAGAAGGUGAAGGUGGAGAAACUUCAGCAGAAGAUCCAGUUGGCACUUCAGCAUGUUCUACAGAAGAACCACAGAGAGGACGGCAUUCUGACAAAGUUGAUAUGCAAAGUGUCAACCCUGCGAGCGCUGUGCAGCAGACAUACAGAGAAGCUGACAGCUUUCAAAGCAAUAUACCCAGACAUUGUGCGUGUCCACUUCCCGCCCCUAUACAAGGAGCUCUUUGGCUCGGACUUUGAGCAGUCCAUGCCUGUGGACGGCUAGCGGGCCCGCCCACCCCCUACUGGCUACACCGUCGGGAAUGUCAAGCAUGAAUUUAAGACACUUUACCAGUGCCCUGCAUACACACACACCAACAGAUACACACACACACACACACUUAUACACAUACAUACAGACACGCACUCACGCACACAUCAGGAUUGCCGACACUGCACACACACUUCCCUUUUUUUCUCUGGAGGGAGAACGGGGUGGAUUUGAUUGUGUUUUCUUAAUUUUCUUUUUUUUUUUUCUUUUCCUUUUUUUUUUUGAGGGGGAGAAUGGCUCCCUGUGUUUUUGACAGAGGUUGGAUGCUGAGCCCAGGGGAUUUGAGAUGACGAUGAGAAAACAGUGCGUGUUUCUCUCUGGCUGAACCUGAACUGCUCACACACAUACAGUUCCAGAAUGUUCCACCGAUUAUUUCUAAAGAUCAACAGAAAUUGUUUUGACUCCUUUCUCAACCAAAAAAAAAAAAAGAGAGAGAGAAAGAAAGAGAGAGAGAGAGAGAGAGAGAAAGAAAAACUGAAAAGUAAAAGCUUCUCUCACAAAGAGAAUUUUGAAUUUUGAAGUAUUUCACUAUUGAUGGAAGCAUUUUAAAUGUUCUUCUUUAAGUCACGUCAGCUGCAAGCUACGUGGCUAUCAAGCUCUGUUCAUCACUAAAAAAUUUAUUCCAUCUGGAAAAUAUUUGGUAUUAAUAUUAAACAAGUCAGAUUUUUCCCCCUCUUAUUUAACCAUUGAAACUUACUGGAUACUGUGAGAUAUCCAGUAGGGAAAUGGUUUCAGAUCUAUCCAAGCGUUAGCAUGGCCUGUGUCCUCUGCAGUGGGUGUGAUUUGGCCAGGUUCAGUCCACUCUCCUCUCCCAUGUUCAGUGUUUUAUCUGGGGGGAUUCGGAGCUCAGAAUCCAAACUGACAGUGGGAAAAAAAAGGAGCGAACAAAAAAAAAAAAAAAAGGAGAGAGAGAAAGAGAGCACUGGAGUGUGGAGUGGGGCCGUCGGCACGGUGACGAGAAGCGGCACCUUUCUAUGGACAAUCGUCGAAAAAAAAACAAACAAAAAAAAAAAAACAAAACAAAAAAGAAGAAUUCUGGUAAUUCUAAUGAAAAAAAAUGCAGAUUACUUAAGCUGUCAAAGACUCCAUCCGUCAUGGUUUGUUUUAGUGAGAAAAUGCCAAGCCACCUGCUGUUAAUCCCUCUGUGGUGGAGGGUCCCGGUAAAACGGUGACCACCUACACAAAGAAAAGGAUCCAUUCCACCUGUUUUCUAGUGUCCUACAGGGUAAACGGCUAUAAGUACUUACUAUACAGAAAAAAGUAAUGUUUAUAGAAUCUAUUUUAAAUAACAUGUAUGAUAUUAGUAGUUAGAUUAUUCUUAAUUGUUGAAUUGGUCUGGCACUUUUUUUUCUUUUGGCACCUUUCUUUAAUUUAAGACUUGUAUAUUACUUAGUGACGUGUUGCAUGUGCAAAAACAAACAAACAAACAAAAAAAACAACAAAAAAAAGACCAACAGAAAUGAAUACCACAGUCACGAUGGCUAGUUGUGGAAGCGCACGGUUCUGCUGACAGCAGUUUGCAGGUGUUUAUGUUGAUGAAAAGGCUGCUGGGAGGGCUUAGAGAGGCAUGGAAGUGACAUCUGUGAGCCCACGCUAACAACACAAGAGCUUUUGACUUUAGGGGACAUACUGGCACACCUGUAACCAUGGUGUUGACAGAGGAAGGUUUACAACAGACACUGGGUCUGUGCUGAAGUGCUCUGAGAUUUGGUUGGCUGCUGUGAUACUCGGCAUGGCAUUCUUUAGCUGAGGAGCCUGACGUCAGUGAUAGACAGAGUUUGUCAUUGGUCUUGAGCUGGAAACAGGUCUGAGCUGGACACCCACAGCAGAGAGAGAGAGAAAGAGACAGAGAGAGGGAGAGAGAAAGAGACACAGAGAGAGAGAGAUUUCCCAGCACAUUACAACCAGUCAGACAGAGCAACUGUUUUGUCAUUUUGCUCCUUUUCUGCUCAGUUAUGUUGUGGCUUAAGAAAGAGGGAACCAGAGAGGUUAUGUAUGUACAGACAGCCCAAGUGAGAGAAAACAGCAGUGUCUGCGCUGGGACAGGACUAGUGAACCAUUUAGAACAGCUCAAUGGUGUCAUCUAGUGGCUGGUAGCAGUGUAAGCCAACAAAUCAGAAAUCCUAUUCUACAAAUAAGACCCACUUACAUGAACGGUGAAAUUCAACAUCCCUUACUUUUCAAGUCCCAGUAAUGUUUUCAGUGUGUUUCUGAAGUUUGUGAAUGUGUGCUUUUGUGAGAGGUUUGUGUGUGUGUGUGUGUGUGUGUGUGUGUGUAUGCUCAUGUGUGUUAGUGUGGAGCUCUUUUAAACAUGCUUUUCUCUAAGGCCUCUGUCCAGCAGUGAUGAUAGUUAAAAGACAGACAGUGGAAAGAAAUGAGAGAAUAUGAGAAUAAACUAUUCAAAGCCUUGUCUGGUAGUAAAACUUCUAUUUUUGUAACGUGUAUAGUGCAUAAGCUGAUUGAAAAUGAGGGAGAGAGAGAAAGCGAGUGAGAUAAAGAUAGACGGUGAAUAGGGAUGGCACUUAUUUCCUGCAAUAAUUUGAAUUGGUGUUUUUGUGAAAUUGGGGGAACAAGACUAUGGGUAGAAAAAGUGCUAUUUUUAGAAUACCUGUUUGUCCUGUUUUGAGUGUGAGUUGAAAAAAAAGAAACCCUUAAUUGUGCCAUAGUUGUUGUUUCUGCUCUGUGUCUGUCCAGAAACAGAUUGUCGUCUGGCAUUCCAGUCUAACCAUGAUGUGACUUUUAGAAAAUCCCCAAAUAAUCCAGAAAUAUGUUUGAUUUUUUUUUCUCAUUUUACCCAGAGAAACAGAAAUGAACAAAAUAUCUACUUGUGAUUGUUUUGGCUCCUUGUACUGAUUCCCAUAUCUCUACAGUGUAAUGUGAAAACACACACACACGUGCACACGCACACACACAUACGCACACACACACAUUCACUCAAAGACCUGCUGUCCUCAGGGAAAAUGUCCUCUCAUGUAUGUUUGAAAUGAUCGUUUUUGGAGCUGUUUUCCCCACUUUUAGUUUCUCCUUCAGCCCUUGAAUUUACUCUGUAGUCCAUUGUUUUCACUGAGGGACUUCAGAUAAGUGGAGAUUUUGUAGCAUUUUCCAUAAAAAAGUAAGAAAGAGGAGUUAUUGUUACAUUUUGAAAGAUUGUUCAUCACAGAACUAAACAGGCACAUGCGCUCAACUAAAGAAGGAAGUUCAAAUGAACCU